UAUGUAUAAAUAGCCCACAUCUUCUCAUCAUCCAAAUCACAUUCAAAUUAUUAAUUCCAUAACCUAUCAUAUUUUUGUGUGACAAAAUCAUGGCCCUUUACCUUAGUUGGAGUUGGAGGGUUGUCGUUGCUUCUUUCUGCUUUUGUUUUCUUUCUUUGUUUUCUCUCUCUGCUUUUGGACGACCAGCCACUUUUCUUCAGGACUUCCAAGUCACAUGGUCCGAUUCUCAUAUCAGGCAAAUCGAUGGAGGGAGGGCCAUCCAACUCGUUCUUGACCAAAAUUCUGGAUGUGGGUUUGCCUCCAAGCACAAGUACUUGUUUGGGCGUGUGAGCAUGAAGAUCAAACUCAUCCCUGGAGACUCUGCUGGAACUGUCACCGCUUUUUAUAUGAACUCCGACACCAAUACAGUUCGUGACGAGCUAGAUUUUGAAUUCUUGGGGAACCGGACUGGACAGCCUUAUACAGUCCAAACCAAUAUCUAUGCUCAUGGGAAGGGCGAUAGGGAGCAAAGGGUUAACCUCUGGUUUGACCCUGCUGCAGACUUCCACACUUACACUAUCCUCUGGAACCAUCACCAUAUUGUCUUCUAUGUGGAUGCUGUGCCUAUAAGGGUGUACAAGAACAAUGAAGCCAAAGGAAUCCCAUACCCAAAGCUCCAACCAAUGGGGGUGUUUUCGACAUUGUGGGAGGCCGACGAUUGGGCUACCAGAGGAGGACUUGAGAAGAUCGACUGGAGCAAAGCCCCUUUCUAUUCAUAUUACAAAGAUUUUGACAUUGAGGGAUGCCCUGUGCCAGGACCAGCCUCAUGUGCCUCAAGCACCAACAACUGGUGGGAAGGCGCUUCAUACCAAGCCCUCAACGCCCUUGAGUAUCGAAGAUACAGGUGGGUUCGUAUCAACCACAUGAUCUACGAUUACUGCACCGAUAGAUCCCGGUACCCAGUAGCCCCACCAGAGUGCACCGCCGGCUUCUAAGUGGCCUCCAAUGGCCAAAAACAAUGCUUGUUAUCACCAACGUGCCCUUGUACAUUAAUUAACGUGUAAUAAGAGCCAUGCACAGUAAAGGGUGUAUUGGGAAAUAUGGGAAAUUCUUGUGCAAAUGUAAGUGUAUAUAUGUGGAUGGAAGACCGAGUCUGUUUUAGAAGUGAGCAAAUGCCGAUAUCUAUUAGUGGCUGUAUGUGUGUGUAUCCAGCUCGCAUUAUUGUACCAAUAAAGCUCGUGCGUUAUUGUGAAA